GCUCUGUUAGAGAAGACUAGUUUGCUAGUGACCAUCUUCCAUGACAGGAACCGGGCAAUCGUGACAAUGGUAGAUGCACUGGACUUCUUCAAUCAGUGGGAGUCAAAUGCCCUGGAUAAGUCUUUAGUGUUAACACGAGAUGAUCUGAAUUCUGUAUUUGGAUUCCUUGCCAUGACAGAAAGACCCAUCAAGGACACAAUUUCGUUAACUCCAGGAUAUAUUAACUCUGAUAUCGUGGAAAACUUUUUCUGUCAGCAGAGAGGUCUGUGCAAUGGUAUGGCUACAAACUCUACGAUUUCACAGUACGAACCAGCCGUCAAUGCCAUAAUUUUAGGACAAUCAACCAUUUCUAAGAAAGGAAACACCAGCGGGCAAAAUGCAGAACCCAUGUGUGCCAAGCGAGCAUUUCCACUACUUCCUGCAAUGACCAAGAAAUGCAAGAAGAACCGAGUGUAAUGCAAGUAGUAGUCUUCAUUCAAAACAGAAUGUGACGAUUUGGUUUAGGCCUAUAUAUUAACGCAGGAUGAAUGUAACGUCCAGCAUAUCAGCAAAAAUGAUAAUGCAAAACAUGAUGAGACAAUGAUCUGGCUUUGAGCCAACCAAAUCAUCAAAUUCUGUGUGGUGCCACGUGGUCAGCAAAAAGUAAACAAACAUUUGUUUUUGUUCACAAUAAUAUAUAUAUAGGCAAGCCUAAGCGCGGAGCUCCCAAUAAAAUUUAAGAUACGUACAUUUGUACACGUCAAUAAGAGAGUGUUACUGCGUAAGGUCAACGUGAAAUGCCAGUGUAAUUAUAAUACACAAUUGAUUGGGGUUUUAUACACGCACGCGCACGCGCACACGCGCAC